CCCGCGCGCGGCCGUUGGCUCUGAGGUGAUGGCGGCCAUGGCGGCGGCGGCGCGCUCCCUGCAGCAGCUGCCCGCUGAGUGCGGGCGGCGCCUGGCCGGCUUCCUCCGCCAGGUGGACAGCACCGACCUGGUAUGGCUGGAGGAGAUCUGCGAGGAAGCGUUCAGGAUGUUUGUUAGCGACUACAGAGAGGAGCUCGAGCUGAUGCCCAAGACGCCGUCGCAGAAGAACCGGCAGCGGAGGAAGCGGCCGUCGGUCCUGCCGGAGGAGAGGCAGGAGACGGCCAGGAAGCGGUUAUCCAGGAGGAGGAAGAGCAGCUUCAAACCAUUGCCUCCUGUGCAAUGUUCUCAACGACUCCGGAACAAAGAAAACCCGGAGCUCAGCAGAGCCGAGGCCAAAGGAAACUCUUCCCCUCAGCGCAUGACAAGAUCCCAGGCCGCAGCCUCUGCCAGGGGCUCUAAGGUGGUCUUUGAGACCCCUCCUGCGCUGCAGACGGUGGGGCAGGACCCCUGGGUGGAAGCUGAUCAGGCUGGCACUGCGGUGCCCCUUCAGAGGAGCACGGCAAAGCUGCUGCCCACGAGCCCAGGGGAUGGCUCUCCUGAGGAACGCGGCGUUCCCGAAUCGCUGGUGGUUCCCUCCACUCCCGAGGCCAGUGAGGCUGUGUUUGAGCUCCAACCAGUAAGGGCAGUCAAUGUCACCAUCAACCUGAGCACAAGGGUUGGGCAGGAGGAGGGGGAUGGCCCCACUCAGGAACAUGACCGGGCUAAGGAGCCCUCCCAGCUCCAGAGGGACAACCCAGGAACUCCAACGGGCUCCCGGAGGAGCCGCCGCUCCGUGCGCCGGAGCCUGAUGGGGAAAACCUCCCUGAGCCACAGAACCUCCCUGGCAGAGAAAUAUUCCCUGGCCAGCAAGAGGGAGAGUAUGGUCCAGAAAUCUGUCACCAGGGCAGCAAGCAAGAGGAAGACAGCUCUGCAGACAUCCCUGUCCUCCAGCUCUGUGGAGGCCUCCAGUUCUGCAGAUAUUCCAGAGGAGGAAGAAACUGUUGUCAAAGCUAGGCCUCCUCCUGGACCCUGCACCCCCUCCAAGGAUUCCCAAAGCCCACAGAUGUCCCUUUGCUCCCGCACCAUCAGCAAACACGGGCAGCCACAGGAGCCAAGCAGCAGUGAAAAGAAAUUGAAUAAGAGUGGGGAGACUCUGGAUCCACCACAGAGUGCCAGGAGGAAGCCGAGCUACAAGAGAGCCGUGGAUGAGCGCUAUGACUACCAGCAGGCAGAGGAGGGAGGGCUGUCUCCUCCCAGGAAGAAGACCCUAUCUCCUGUCUUCCCAGCCAGCAAGGUCGUGCGCCCGUUCAAAACGUUCCUUCACACUGUGCAGAAAAACCAGCUCCUCAUGACACCCAGCUCUGUGGGGAGGAAUGGAGUCAUCAAAUCCUUCAUCAGGUAUAACACCCCUCUCCAGGCUGAUCCCAAGGAAAAGGAGAGGCAGAAGCUGGAGACUCUGCGGAAGAAGCAAGAAGCUGAGCAGCUGAGAAGGCAAAGACUGGAGGAGGAGAAGAAACGGCGACUCGAGGAGGCAAAGCUGAAGCGCGAGGAGCGGCUGCGCAAGGUGCUGCAGGCCCGGGAGCGGGUGGAGGAGAUGGAGAAGGCGAGGAAGAGGAAGAUCGAGCAGAAGAUAGCACUGUUCGACGAGAAGACUGAGAAGGUGAAGGAAGAAAGGCUGGCAGAGGAGAAGAUCAAGAAGAGAGUGGCUGCCAGGAAGAUGGAGGAGGCGGAGGCCCGGCGCAGGCAAGAGGAGGAGGCCAGGAGACAAAAAGCUCUGCAGCAGGAGGAGGAGGAGGAACGACGGCACAGGGAGCUGAUGCAGAAGAGGAAGGAAGAGGAGCAGGAGCGUGCCCGGAAGAUCGCUGAGCAGAGGCAGGCAGAGCAGGAGCGGGAGAGACAGCUGGCUGCAGAGAGAGAGCUGGAGAGGAAGAGGGAGCAGGAGCGGAUCCAGGCAGAAAAGCUCCGGGAACAGCAGGAGAGGGCCGCCCGCCAGCAGAAGGAAGUGCAGGCAGCUAAGGAGCGGCUCCGCAAGGAGAUGGAGAAGAAAGAGCGGGAGCAGCAGAUGCUGGCAGAGAGGAAGAGGCAGGAGGAAGAGCAGAAGAAACUGUCAGAGGAACAAAAGGGCAAAGACAAUGCCCGAGCGCCACUCCUGGAGAAUAAGGAGAAUUCCCCUGUCUGCAAUUCAUACCAGAUGACUCCACAGAGCAGGAAAGAACCCAAGCCCCCCAUCACAAGCUCAAACGAUUAUGGGAUGGAUCUGAACAGCGACGACUCAACGGAUGAUGAGAGCGAGCCGCGCAAGCCUGUCCCUGCCUGGGCCACAGGGAAUCAGCUCAGCCAGGCUGUGAUCCGACAGUACUACAACCCCCCUGAUGUGGAUGCGCUGUUUGGGGCCAUCGCCAGCCCCAAGCUGGAGGACAUCUUCUACAAGAGCAAGCCCCGCUACUUCAAGCGCACCAGCUCGGCCGUGUGGCACUCACCGCCCACCGUGGGGGCCAAGCCGGGCCUUGGGCUGCCCUGUGGCCUCAAGAAACCCUGAGGUGAGUGCAGGUGUGCAGCAGGUAUGAUUUCCUGUCUUCAGGUGAGGAAGGAGUCACUCUUCACUUGAAAUAUUUAGGUUUUAGUGUGUAAUAAAUGGCAACUCUUCUCGGGUU